AUGUGGGCUGACGAACGCCGCGCGAUGAAGCGGCUCCUCCCGUGCCUGCUGGCGGCACUCGCGGGGAGCUGGGAGGUCGACGACCAGGGCCGCCUGACAGCGUCGCUGCAGGUCGCAACGCUCGAUCCCGCCACGAGACGCCUCGACGUGCCCGAGGGCGCGCGCAUCUGGCUCGAAGUUGGCACGAACAGCCGGAAUUGGCUCGCCAACUGCGAGCUGCUCUGCGAGGGCUACGACGACGUAUACAUCGUGAGCUUCGAGCCGCUCUUGGAACACUACGGCCGCGUGGUCGCGGGCGCCGUCGCGGCGCCGAGCGGCGGCGCAGGCGGCCUCCGGCGCCUCGACGGCCGGCGCGGCGUCGCGCUGCCCUUCGCGCUCGACGCGGUCGACGGCGAGGCCGACUUCCACGUCGCCGCGCAGGACGGGUGCAGCGCGCUCGCGAAGCCGAGCCCCGGCGAGCGGGCGUGCGCGACCGUCGGCGGCGUGCGCCGCGUGCCGACGAUGACGCUGAAGUCGGUCUUCGACGUGCUGCUGCCCGUCGGUGCGCACGUCGAUUUUCUUUACGUCGACGCGCAGGGCCACGGUUUGAAGAUCCUCGAGGGCGCGGGCGACUCCCUGGCGCGCGUCGACGCGAUCGUCGUCGACGCGCUCCUGCGAGACGAGGCGCUCAUGUACGAGACGCAGAACGGCUGCGCCGCGACGGUCGAGUUCGCCGCGGCCGCGGGCUUCCACGUGCCCUUUGAGACGCGCGCGUUUUUGUGCGACCACGCUGCGGACCACGCGGGCCGCCUCGAGUCCGCACCGCGCGAGAUCAACGUCUUCUUCGCCCGCGACGCGACGCGCGCGCGGCCCAUCUGCCCCCACGUCCUGGAUUACUGCAUCGAGCGCGAGGACGUGCUCACCGUCGGCUUCCACGCGCAGCUGCCGACCUGCCGGGGCGACGAGCGCUGCGAGACCGACGUCUGCCGCGAGGGCGAGGGCCACUGCCUCAUCUACCUCGACGCCCGGAACUGCUGGUGCACCACGUGA